AAAAAUUUUUGAAUACAUAAAAAUAGAAAAAAUUUUCUUAAAUAUUUAUUUAUGUUUAAUAUAAUUUUUAAUGAGUUAAUCUUGGGCUAAUUAACUGCCAUUUUUAGCAGUAUUAAGUAGUUUAGUAAAUUUUAUGUGUUGUGAAAAAGUUUUUGCUUGAAACAUCAUUCAUAAAAUUUGUCGAAAACUAAUUGACUGGGAUGUAGUAAGUGGUGGUGGUGGCGAAGUGAAAAUUUUUGUGUAAAAAACAAAUCUGAAACAAAAAAUAAAGAAAAUGCAAUAAUCAAUAUAAAAUAAGUAAAAAUAUUUAUUCGGGAUUUUCAACAUCAUUUUUUUUUUCUUAAUUUUAGUAUCUACAAUGAAUUUGUAAUUUAAUGUUUUCUAUAUUAGAAGUAAUUAAAACAGUUUUCUAAUUUUUAAUUUUGCGUGCGUGUUUGUAAGUGUAUUUCAGUGUUCGAAAUAAUAAACGCCCAAUUUAAUAAAAUAGGAACAUAUUUUUAUUAAGUCAAAUACUCAAAAAUAAUAAACAAUUCGGUUAUUAAAAAUUUUUUUAUAAAAAAAUAAAAUCUUAAAUUUUGUUAAAAAUAAAAUCAUUGUUGAUUUAUUAUUAUUUGUAUUGGAGAAAGUCUGCUGCCAGUUCAGAGUCAACACAUUAAUUAUAUUCCAAAAUAAUAUACAAUAAAUUAUUACACAUUUUUUAAAUAAACUCAUUCAAAAAUGGGAAAUUGUUUACGUACACAGAAACAGGAGCCUGAUAAGGACAAAUUAGAACAUAGACCUCCUUUACAUGAAGAGAUGCCUGUGCUAAUGCCUCAGCAAACUCCACCACAAGAACAAAUAAGACCAGUACCACAAAUACCAGAAAAUGAACCUUCAAAUGCAAAUGCAAAAAUAUUUGUAGCGCUAUACGAUUAUGAUGCAAGGACUGAUGAAGAUUUAAGUUUCCGUAAAGGUGAACAUUUAGAAAUUUUAAAUGAUACUCAGGGUGAUUGGUGGCUGGCACGAAGUAAGAAAUCAAGACAAGAGGGUUAUAUACCAUCAAAUUAUGUUGCUAAAUUAAAAUCAAUCGAAGCUGAACCAUGGUAUUUCCGUAAAAUAAAACGUAUUGAGGCUGAAAAGAAAUUAUUACUUCCAGAAAAUGAGCAUGGUGCAUUUUUAAUUCGAGAUUCUGAAUCAAGACACAAUGAUUACUCAUUAUCAGUUCGUGACGGUGAUACUGUUAAACAUUAUCGUAUCCGCCAAUUGGACGAAGGAGGUUUUUUCAUUGCAAGAAGAACAACUUUCAGAACUUUACAAGAACUCGUUGAACAUUAUUCAAAAGAUUCGGAUGGAUUAUGUGUUAACUUAUGUAAACCAUGUGUUCAGGCUAACCAGUUUGCAGGUCUUUUUGAGAUUGAAAAACCAGUUACUGAAGGUUUAUCACACCGUACACGUGAUCAAUGGGAAAUUGACAGAAAUUCAUUAAAAUUUGUACGAAAAUUGGGAUCGGGACAAUUUGGUGAAGUAUGGGAAGGAUUAUGGAAUAAUACGACUCCAGUUGCAAUUAAAACAUUAAAAUCAGGAACAAUGGAUCCAAAAGAUUUCUUGGCUGAAGCUCAAAUUAUGAAAAAAUUACGACAUAUAAAAUUAAUUCAAUUGUAUGCAGUAUGUACCAUUGAAGAGCCAAUAUACAUUAUUACAGAAUUAAUGAAGCAUGGAUCUCUCUUGGAAUAUCUACAGGGUAAAGGCAGAAAUCUCAAAAUGCCAGUAUUAAUAGAUAUGGCUGCUCAAAUAGCCGCUGGUAUGGCUUAUUUAGAAUCCCAAAAUUAUAUACAUCGUGACUUGGCUGCAAGAAAUGUAUUGGUCGCUGAUAAUAAUAUUGUUAAGAUAGCAGACUUUGGUUUGGCAAGACUUAUAAAAGAAGAUGAAUAUGAAGCACGAGUUGGAGCGCGAUUCCCAAUAAAAUGGACUGCACCAGAAGCAGCCAAUUAUAGUAAAUUUUCAAUUAAAUCAGACGUAUGGAGUUUUGGUAUUCUCUUAACUGAGUUAGUAACAUAUGGACGUAUUCCAUAUCCAGGAAUGACAAAUGCUGAAGUAUUAACACAAGUUGAACAUGGUUAUCGUAUGCAAUGUCCUGCUAAUUGUGAACCAAGAUUAUAUGAAAUAAUGUUAGAAUGCUGGCAUAAAGAUCCUAUGAGAAGACCAACAUUUGAAACAUUGCAAUGGAAAUUAGAAGAUUUCUAUACAUUGGACCAAAGCGAUUAUAAAGAGGCACAACCUUUCUGAUAAAUGGCGAUAUUGUUUUAAGAGAGAAAAAAAAAGAAAUAUAAAAAAAAGAAAAAUUUAAAAAAAAUUUAUAUUACACAUUUUUUUUAUAUAUAUAUAUGUAUAAAUAUAUAUAUAAAAUGAGAAAUUAUUAUUAUUAUUAUAAUUAUUAUUAUCGUCUGAUAAAUAAUAGAUUUAAGAAAAGCAUGGGUAUACAUAUAAUUAUAUAUACAUAAAACAUUUAUUAAGGACUUAGUUGACUUUUUUUUUUAGUAAAAAUAAAAAAAAAAAAAAACAGAAAAAAAAUUGGAAUAAACAAUUGAGAUUCUAUUUAAUUUUUACAUCAAAACUUUAUUAUAGACCCUGCAUCAUAAUUUAAAUGCAGGAAAUAAAUUCAAAAUCACUUCGAAAAGAAACUUCAUUCAUUAUAGUAUCAUAGAAAAAUAUAAUAUUACAAUAUUAUAACGAACCGGGACAUAAACUCAUUUUCAAUAAAUUAAAUCAAUAUCUUCGAAGUGAUUAUAAUUUUGCAUUCACUUACUUUGACUAUGACAAGAAUAAAUAAUAAUGAUGAUGAUUGCCAAAACACUUUAUAUAUUAUUAUUUUAUAACUUUUUUUGCACAAAUAAAACCGAAAUAAGAAACAAAAACUCGCUAAAUAUUUAAUCAUCAUAAUCAUUUUUUAUACAAUUAAAAACAAAAAACGUGUUUGGUCGACUUAUUCUGAUUUUAAUCAAAAUACAAACUUAUAAAAUUGUUUGAAAUUAAAUCACAGUUUGAUGUUACCAAUUAAUAAUAAUUACAAAAGAAAAUAGAACAACAAUUCAUUAAAUUAAUUUCUUUUGUUUUAUUAAAAGAAUUCAUUUAAUAAUUAAUAAACAAAUUAAAAUUAUAAAAUAAGAAGCAAAUUUAAAUUUAAUGAAAUCUUUUGGAUUAAAGAAAAAAAAAUUGUUUCGAAACGAAAUAAAAAAUUUUUUAUUUUAAUUUCUUUUCAAUUUGUUCAUUUUAUUAAAUUACUUAUGCAUUUUAGAAAUUGAAAACAAACAAA